AUCAAGUGGUCCUCGAGUAUAAAAUCAAAAUUAAACAUUUUGGCGCCCUCACAAAUUUUGUCUUCUGUCCAUUGUAAUGGAACGUCGUUGUAUAGUUUGUGGGCAAACGCCAACAUCUGGGUUUACCCAUCCGCACAAUAUGGAGGAAGCUGUCGAUUGGCAAAAUAUGCUAGCUUGUUUUGUCCCUGUCGAGACAUUGCUCCACCACUGUUGCGUUUGUAAUAAGCACAUCAAUCGAUCACAGGUGCAGCAAAUUCAAAAGCAGAAGGAAACCAAGGUCGACGAUCUGAUUGAGCAGCGGCGCGGCGUCACUUUCAACAAGGCGGACGCCGUUCUUUACUUUGGGGAGCAGGGCAAGAAAGCUCCACAUAGCUGCACUCAGUCUGUAAAAGCAAUGCAGACGAACGAGCUGCAAACGAAAAAAGGGAGCUUAUGCAUAGGUGAAUCAGCACAAUUGUUGAACAAUCCAAAAACGAAUUACCGCUCCAACUAUAUUGAUACUGCCAUCUUCAACUGCCAUCCGGGGCUCCCAAGCAAAGUAAACAACGUGGCGGCCACAAAUCCGAGUGAUGAGGACACGCUAGACAGUCCGCGGGCUAUCAGACGAACUUCUGGCAAUGAGACAUAUACCUCUCGACAGGCCAAUCAGUGCCUGUGUGGAUCCUCUUGUGAGACUAUCGACUCAAGAAAUGCGGGAAAACAAGCUUUUGAGACCAAAAGAGCUGUUUGGAAACAUCCGAUUGCCACGAGUAGCAGUGCAGUAGCACCUUCAUGCACAUGUGGAUCUAGUUGUCCACGAGUCUUGACAGCCAAAAAGCCAAUGCUAAACCGUCAGCAAAUGUUUUGCCCAAUCAGGACUGAAUCGCCACAGGUUCGCAAAAGUUUUCCAGCGGUGCAAUCGUUCGAUUCCUCAAGAUUCAGUUCAAGCGGGUGUCCCAUUAACGUAUGCAACAAUCUGGGGGCACUGCAACAACAUAUACAACAACAACUACAUCAACAACAACAGAAACAGCAACAGCGGCAAAGGGUACAACAAAACCAACAAUGCCAAUGCUGUCUGACUUCUAGAGUGCGCGAUCAGACGAUGCAAUGUCCAUCCCAGAAAUUUAAUCAAGUGCCAGCAGCACAGGAAGAUGAAUGUAUUUGUUGCCCACAGAAUUGUAUUAACAACACUUCUCCGCGGGAUAAUCGCAAAGCCGAAACAGCUCCGAUGAGCUCAACAAUCCCGAACCAUAACUUGCAGCCGUACAAGUUUCAACAUAACCGGAAGGCCACGACGGACAUGCCACGAUCACCGCCGGUCAGUGUGCUAAUCAUGGGUGGCUCCAUGUUGCCCACGUACUGUAAUAAAACGAGUUUUAGAGCACAACCAUCGCAUAGCUCGGAAAUUUGUGUGCUGGAGUCGGACUUGACACGAGAAAGAGCUGUCUUCCCAGACAUUGAUGAGCCCAAUUAUACAGUCUGUCGAGCGCUAGCCCAACCAACAAAUGAGGAAAAUGGACUUUCCGAUGAGAACUCCACGGGAGUGUUACUUUUGGGCAUAGCUCAGCCCGAGAAAGAUCCAUGUUUUGAGCGUGGAGAAAACAAAUCUCUUUCAGCAAAAAUAGCUCAGCAGGUGGUCCAACAUAAUGCACAAGCAUCUGGGACUAGCAAUGAGCAAGAAAUACGCUUGGAUGAGCUCGAACGCCUAUUGACCCAACAGCGGCAACUGCAGCAGUGCAUUCAGGCUAAACUAAAUGAGCUCCAGGGCAGGAAAGCUCCUGCAACGCCUCGAAUGAGUGCGGGCAUCGCUACAAAGAACAGCAGGAUGCCGCUCCUUCGAACCGGCCCGAACCCAACACGGCGAAUUCUACCAACAAUGUCCAGCUACAAGACAAAGUGAGUGAGG